AUGCCGUCACGAUCUGCAAGAACCAUCAAUUGGAGACGUUUGUUUACAACUAUCACCCCGAAUAGUCAACGUUCCGGCCCUGAAAUCAAUAGAUUUCGUAUGACAGAAAAUGAAAAGAUGGCCAGUUUUUCAGUGUAUAGCUCUCCCAGUUUACGGACUUCAGAUGUUCAGCAUGACUUGAUUGGGGAAUUGAGAAAACUUUCUACUUCAACAGCCGGAAAAUACGAUGUAUCAUAUGCUAGUUCAAGAGAAAAAUGUGUAAGAAUGGCAUGUUUUGUUAUUAUGUGGUUACCAAUAUUACUGGUAUCAGGCGCCGUCAUGUAUGUUUCAGUUUUACAUAUUAGUAAUGAGAAAAAUAUCGAUCAGAUCAGAACUGGCCUCAAGAAUUUAAAUAUGACUCUAGGAUUAUCAACUAUCUUAUCAAGUGAAAUGACAUUAAUAAUAACUUAUUCUCAUGGCCAGAAUAGCGAGGGAACGCAAUCGUUAACAGACACCUUCCUUAGAACAGAGUACUAUCUUAAAGACCAUCAAGACUGGCCUUAUCAACUCUGUACGCAGUGGAAAGUCAUGAAAACUAAAUAUUCUCUCUUGAAUUACCUACGAAAUUAUCGUCUGUUUUCUAAAGGAAAAGAGGCUUGGAAGAAUUCGGCUAUAUUCCAUUCCAUUGAGCAAGAGCUAUCCUUGUGUUCUAUGAAUUUUCUCACGGAAGGCGAUGGGCUAAUUCCUUGGUUUAAUAUGGCCGUCAUUGCAGAUAUAUUGGCGUUUCACAUACGACUCCAGUUUCAUAUCAGUAGACUGACGUAUUGCUCCGAACAGCAUAUCAAUGAUCAGUUUGAAAUGCGAUCUCAUUUGGAACUGGCUAAUUUUUUCAUCUCCAAGUCUCGAAAUAGCGUUACCAUUCCAUUUGCCUGUUCAGAAUUAAUUGCAUUUAAGAAACUUGAACAUAGUCAUAUUGAUUUCUGUUCACAAAAACAUAUGGAAUUCGAAAAACAAAGACUGCAGCUAGCGAAUGAAUGUUUUUUCGCCUUGAGUUCAGAUAUGGAAGUGGAAGUCAUAAGGACUACAGAUAUACUGCUGAGAUGGAUUCUUGUGGAAGUGUUUACUUUGAUUCUCAGCCUUUUGAUUUCUGCACCUACAUUGUAUCUGGUUGUUUCCAAACACACAAAAUACCUGCAAAUGUGUGAGCAGUAUGUUUUGAGAAUUGGUCGUCAGCUAAGUCAAGUUCGUGGUCGAAUGUCAUCAGUUCUGGAAGAGGUCUUGCCACGACAGUGUCCAAAAAUGUUAAGCGAUGCAACUACUACGUCAAAAUAUUACCAAAACGUCGCCGUGCUAGUAGUGGAUAUAAGACAUAUUUGGCGGAAUAUUCCCACUGCACAACCUGAUAAAAUGAUUGGUAUCUAUAAUGUAGUUCUCAACUUAUUAGAUAAUCGUAUUGCUCAGUAUGAUGUCCAUUUCGUACAGCGGACAGAUUUCUUUUACACAAUUUUAUCGGGUGAGUGA